AUGGCCGCCGAGCAGGGGCGAGGGGAGCCGGCGGCGACUUCCCACUUAGAUUGUGAUUUCAGCCGCUUCCGUCACAAGCUCUUCACCAUCAGGGCCUCAGACAGCGAGAACUUCAAAACUGAGCUGAACCUGGUCUUCGAUCAGCUCAUCUCGGAGAAUUAUAUGAACCAUUCUAGCAUAAACCGCGAGGAUGUGUGUUCCUUACUUGUCCAAGCUUGUCGACUUGUUCAGUUAAACCAGGAGCACCUUGUGAGCAAAAUGUGCCAACUAAUCCAUCAUUUGCUCAACCGUUUGCAGGUAACAGUUGAUGAACAGAGUUUGGAACUUUUACUCUCAUACUGCAUCCGAGCCCUGCAGCAAUGUAAUUCUUGGACUCACGUCGAAAUACUGCAGGCCGUAGCUGCUCUUGUCUAUGGUAAUGGACCGCGGUGCCAAAAGUUCCUGCCAGACCUGCUUGGAAAAAAUGGAAUCUUACUGCAGCUUAGUGCACCGGCGGAGUCUGAUGUGGACCUACGGAGGGCAGCUGUGUACUGCAUGUCUAAUCUCUGUCUGAGUGUACCUGGGCAGGCUUACCUGGAGGAACAGUACAAACUCAUAUCGCUGCAGACCUUUCUGAAUGUCUUGAAGAACCCAAAGAGUUCUGAAGUUGAUGAUGUUACAGUUUGUAAGUUGUUACAAAAUGCACUGAAGGGCAUCCAUUCCAUUCUGAAUGCCGGAAGAAUUAAUCUGACUCAAGCUGACCAACUGGGAACUCUCCUGGCAGCUCUUAAGAAAUACAUGUUCUACGGUUUCCCAGGUGUGAACAUUGAAGUUCCUGCAAUUCUUUAUCCAACGCCUCUGCCUCAGUAUGAAGGCAGUUCACCUACUAAAGACCAAACGGGAGGUGCCACAAACACUUCAAAACAAGUGGGGCAUAAAAAAAAGAAAUCUCGAUCCAAAAACAAGAAGGAACAUUCAGAAGAUCAAAAGGAAGACCUCCACAGUGACAUAUCACCGCCAGAGCUACUCUGUCAACCAGAGAAUGGGAGGCAAAGAGGAGGAAACAUGACUUUUAACCUCCUUCAUGGACCAGAGAACUUCUCUGAUAGGAUAGUACUAUCCUUGGAUGGAAAAGAUGCUUCAAAUUCCUUCUAUCCCACCUGGAAAAAAAUAAAUAGUUCUGACUCUGAGUAUUCCGAUACUGAGGGUGGAAUCCAGAGCAAACUGCGGUCACUUCAGGGAAAAGUCCGCCAGGGAGCUUUAUCCUGCUUCCUUUCAACUAUAAAGUCAAUAGAGAAGAAAGUUCUUUAUGGCUACUGGUCAUCAUUUAUUUCAGAUGCUCCUGGUAUUGGAAGCCCACAGGCUGUAUCCUUGAUGACCAUUGCAUUAAAAGAUCCAUCACCAAAGGUCCGUGCUGGUGCCCUGCAAGUCUUAUCAGCCAUCUUGGAAGGAUCAAAGCACUUUCUGUCUGUUGCGGAAGAUACCAAUGACCAUCGCAGAGCCUUCAUACCUUUCUCUGUCACCCUGGCUUCCAGCAUCCGGGAGCUUCACAGAUGUCUGUUGCUUGCCUUAGUGGCAGAAUCCUCACCACAGACACUCACACAGAUAAUCAAGUGUCUUGCCAAUUUGGUGACUAAUGUGCCCUACAAUCGCCUCAAACCAGGACUUCUUACUCGUGUUUGGAAUCACAUUAAACCUUACAACUGCUUUCGAGAUGUCAAUGUGCGUGUGUGCAGCCUGACUUUGCUUGGGGCUAUCCUGUCUGUUCAGGCGCCUCUCCCUGAGGUGCAGCUGCUGUUGCAGCAGCCUAGCUCGUUAGGCCUCUCGAGCAGCGGCUCAGGGACACCCCACCGCCUCAGUGAUGCCGAGUCCUGGAGAAAACACCAGCUGGUUGCAAACCGUGAAAGAGAAGAGCAGAUUCCGGAAAGCCCACAGCUGGAGCUCUGCUGGCUGACCCAGUUAUGCAUUUCCAUCAUUACCAUGCCGAAGCAGGAGUCAUACUCUGACAGUGACACGGGCUCAGGCACAGGAAGUAGCUUGUAUGAAGCUUCCCCUGUUCGAGUAGAGGCACUACAGGUAUUGGCUCUGCUUGUCAAAGGAUAUUUCAGAAUGGCCCAGGCGAGCUUGAUGGAGCUAGGAGAAGUUGCUUGCAAAAGCAUGGAAGAACAAGAUCCAUCUAUUCAAUUGCAUGGUGCUCGGCUGGUGGAGGAGAUCGGUUCAGGGAUUGUCCAGCAACAUAAACCAGACUCGCCCACACCCCAUGAUCAGAGAGUACCAGUCACCCAGGUCGUGACCUUUUGGUCCAGGAUGUUGAGUGGUCCUUUGCCAAGGGCGUUACAAAAUGAUGAGCAUUCCACACUUCAGACCAGCACCUGUGAUGCAAUUUCCUCAAUUUUACCAGAAGCUUUUAGCAGUCUGCCUAAUGAAAAGCAGAUCUUAUGCAUCACUCUGCUGCUUGGACUGAAUCACAGUGAACAUCCCUUGGUCAAGGCGGCUGCUGUGCGAGCAUUGGGUGUUUACAUCCUCUUCCCCUCGCUCCGACAGGACGUGAUGUUUGUUGCUGACACUGCAAAUGCCAUUUUGACAUCCUUGGAUGACAAGUCCUUAAAUGUUCGUACUAAGGCAGCCUGGUCGCUGGCUAAUCUCACUGACACCUUGAUCGCCAACAUGGAGUCCAUGGGUCUAGAUUUUCAAGAGGAACUCUCAGAUGUUCUGCUUCUUAAGAUGUUGAAAUCGGCAACUCAUGCAUCCCAUGAUAAAGACAAGGUAAAGAGCAAUGCAGUGAGGGCUCUGGGAAACCUGCUGCACUUCCUGCAACCCCAUCACAUUUCCAAGGCCCAGUUCAAGCCAGGCAUCGAAGAAUCAAUUCAAGCCUUAAUCCGCACUGUUCAGAGUGAGGCAACCAUGAAGGUGCGAUGGAAUGCAUGCUAUGCACUGGGAAAUAUGUUCAAAAACCCAGCUAUUCCACUCGACUCUGCUCCUUGGGCACCACAAGCAUAUGGUGCUUUGACAUCAGUGGUAAAAACCUGCAAGAACUUCAAAGUGCGCAUCAAGUCGGCCAUGGCACUUUCAGUCCCAGAUACCCGCGAACGCUAUGGUGACAGUAACCAGUUCUGUGAGAUCUGGACCGCACUGGUGCUGGCCCUGGAAAAGAGCGAGGAGACUGAGGACUUCCUGGAGUUUAAAUACUGUGCCAGUUUGCGGACCCAGAUCUGUCAGACGCUGCUCCACCUCCUCCGUCUCGUCACUGGCAAAGACCUUCCUUGCAUCCACGAAGCCCUGUCGGCAAAGGGCAGCUUGAUCCGAACUUUUGUUCAGCGCUUCCUGACGUCGGGAGAGGAGGCUGAUGAAACAAUGACUCAGUCCAACCCACAGGAUCGGGUCAGGAUAUUGCAGGAGGCUGUUCAGAAUAUAAACAGCCUUCAGGAGGUGUCUAUUGAUGAGAGAGAAAUAGUUGUCAAAUACUUGAAUGUUAUUUUAAAACAUUGCGUGGAAGCAACACAGACUGAUCUAAAAAAUACUGAGGCAUGACAAAUGAUUUUUCAGGGCUAUAACCAUCUUCUACCUUUUUAAUGUCACAAAUAAUUUGCAUCAUUUCAACAGCAAUCUAUUUAGCUAUAAUUUAAUUUAAUAUUUGUGGGUCGGGGUGUUACCAUGGUGUAGGCAUUUCCACCUUCUAAGGUUUUUGUGAUUGUGUUGGUUUGUAACUGGAAUGAAAGUUCAUUAUUACCUUGGGCUUGGAAUCUCCCAGAGGAAGUCACUCACACUGUCCCCUGCCACCCAGAUUUCAAGGGUGCAGCCCCCCACUGAAACUGUCUUAGAAUUGCUGCUGAUCUCAUUGCGAGAGUUGGGCAUGCAAAGUUGAAGAUAUCUCACCAGUGCACUUACCCGGUAACUUCUUAAGUUAUAAGCAGAAUAGAGGAGCCUUCACUUACUGCCUAACUGGACGUGGGUGUGCAAAAUGUUACAUAGGGUCUCAGAGACAGGACAAUGUUCAUCAGCACUAACACCUCCUUGACAAUUUUGUUUUGAAAGGUGUACGUAGGUGGAGUACAGAAUAAACUGAAAAGCCUUUGAAGUGCCAUAAUGUAUUCAGCGUAGGUGGUUGGCUGUGCUGUGGAAUGGAAUAUUUUCAUUAUGUCCCUAAUAGCUGUACUCAUUACUGUUAAGCUUAUGGGUCAGUUAUCAUUUCUAUUUCUAUUUGUUUUUAUCACCCUUAUUGGAUCAACACAGUGCUUCUACUCCCACUCUUUCAACGGCAUCAUUUCAGUGCCACAGAUAGCUGGAGCCAUUGCCUAUUUGGGGAUUGGUGUGAUGUCGCUCAAAACCCAUAAAGUUGGAUGAAAGGAGCUGAGAAUAAUUAGUUACCAAAUUUCAUGUAAGUACUGAAAGCACAUUCAGCCAUGCCUUCCACGUUUGUUGUAAGCUUCUAUUUAGAAGGCAGUCUGCAGCUUCCCUUGGUGUUUUUUGCUCUCUGGAAGGUGCACACAAAGUAGUGCUUGUGGGGUUCUCAGUAGCUGUACGUUUUCCUCGUUGACACUGGACCUGCUGAUGGUCACUGAUCCAACUCCAUGGUUGCAGACUGAUGUCAAUGUUAGGAAUCUGUAAUGAAGACCAACAAAAACACAUUUCACCUACUAAUCCGGUCCCAGUCCCAGCCCCAGCUCAAACAGGUUCUUGGGGAGUUGUACUUACAUGGUCCCAAUUUUGCACCCAGCCCCAGCUCAAACAGGUUCUUGGGGACUACAGAGGACAUAAUUGAAACAAAGUUGUAUUUUCACAGAUAUACCGCUGUUGACAUUGUGUUAAACCGUAUUGGAACAGGCACUUAGUAAGAACUUAUCCAUGCUGACCACCAAGCCUAUUUGAUCUUGUCCCAUUUGUCUGCAUUUGGCCCAAAUCCUUCUAAAUCGGGUUCCCAACCAUUUUUAUGCCAUGGACCAGUCCCAUUAAGCAAGGGAUCUGUGGAUCUCAGGCUAGGAACCCCUGUUCUAAGUCUUUAAUAUACAUGUACUUGUAUUCAAAUGUCCUUAUAAAUGUUGUAAUUGUUAUCCAUCUCUACCACUAUCUCUGGCAGUUUGUUCUAUAUAUAGUGGAUUCAGGUUAAUUGGGCUAUAGGGCCAGUGCGUUUUGGACCAAUUAAGCGGCUGCUUCAAUUAGCUAAAGUUUCUUGGAAAUACUUAAAAAGGUACAACAAAAGACAAACUACCAUUUAACUGACUGACAAACUAUGUAUUUAAUUAAAACACAGAACAAGUGAGAACACUACCAAUAGUACUACAGUACUAUAAAACUCUGUAUUAGUUCCUAAUAGUUAGUGACAGAGGAAUUAAUUGUUUUUUGAUUGACUGUAAAUGAACAGAAAUCAGUGCAGGCACUUAGUGUAGAUGUGGACUGUCUUCAUACAAUCUUUUUGACAAUUGCAUCCUGCAAAUCUUCAUUUUCAACGUAACAUUCAAAAUGAUUGUCGAUACCUUCAAAUUCUGCAUCUUAACUUGUUGAAGUAGUGAAACCAUUUCUGGCCGUUUCUGGCAUUUCCAAACCUGAAUGCUGAAACCGCAGUGAGCAAAAGGGCUCUGAAAGUCUUUUUGCUUAUUUUCACCAACUAUCAGUGACAAAAAUUACUACUUUUUGAACGUAAACACACACAACUGACUCUAUUUAAAAACUGUUCGCAAUAAGCAUGGUAUACUAACGGCCACACAAGUACACAUAUCUGACACUGAUUAGAAACUGUUCAGAAACAGUCUCCUGUCCCAAUUAAGUGGCUGGUCUGAUUAACUGAUGGCCCAAUUAACCGGAAUCCACUUUACCUACAUUAUGUGAUUAUCUUACAGCUUGAGUCCCUUUUAAAGUUCUCCCCUUUCAUAUUAACGCCCUCUAGUUUUAGAAUUCCCUGGGAAGUGGACUGCGAGUGUCAACGCUAUCUGUGCCCUUCAUGAUUUUAUAAAGCUCUAUAAGGACAUCACUCGUCCUUCUCUCUUCGACCACCUAACAGUGCAAAUGAAGAACUCCUAAUACAAACCUGUUUUCUGCUAAACACUUGCAUGACUUUGAGCCAGAUUUUUAAAAAAUAUCGGCAGUUUAAUUUAAUUGAAGGAAUGAAAACAUUUCUGAAUUUGUAAUUUCAAAACUACUUUUUGCUGCACCAUUUGAUAUUGCGUAUUUAAAAAUGUUAAAGUUUUCUAAGGUACUUUGCAGAGGUAUUGUGAAGUAAACAAGCAUCCUUAUUCAAAACUGUUCCCAUUGUCAAAAGUUUACUCCGAAAGCGGCUGUGCACCAUGUAAAGGUCAGGUAACCGCCUACCAAGUUAAGGAAGGUCCAAAGCAUGGAACCUUGACCAGGUCUGAAUCUGCUGAUUUAGUCACCAGAUGGACCACUAUAAUCCUUCAUCCUCACACUUACCCACCUUCAGAUAAAAUUUCUGCUUCACUAUUUCUAGUACUAGAUAUAAAACUGUAUUCAAUCCUCAAAUAGUAAUUUGAUACAAAUAAUCUCCAAGAUCAACUUUAAUUAUUCUGAUCCAGUGCAAUGCAAUUCCCAAUAUGCCCCACCUCUUAUCCCACUGAAAUCUGAAAUUUUGAGAUUUGCUGAAGAAAUUUGCACAGUUACCAACCGAUUUAUUAAAGCUCUGUGUUGAGGGAGAGAGUGUGUAGAGAUACAUGAACUGUAGAAGUCACGUCAAGGAAGGCCCAUAAUAUGUGUCAACAAGGAUUCCCAGAUACUUCCUUGUUGAAAAUUAAUUGGAAACCUUUUAAAUAUUAUGAUCUACUUAUCCUGUAUGUGUCAUUUAGGGAGAGAAGGAUAGAUGGAGUUUUCUCUCCAUUUUCCUUCAAGCUAAUUGAUGAGUCUGGUCCAAUCUGUAAAGUAGUGGAAACAACCUUUCACUAUUUGCUUUCUCAAAUUGUUUCUUAAUUGUAUGGUACUUGAACUCCUUGUGUGGGAAAAGAUGUAUAGAAGUUGUUCAUUAGUAAACAUAACAGCAGGAAUUCUAAUAUUGACCGCAGUAUGAAUUAACAUCACCGUCAUUUUGUGGUUUUUCACAUAGCACGAUUAUUACCUGAAGCACAAUGAUAUUUCUGUGCUUUUGUACUUGCAGCAGCACGUGUAAUCUGUGGGCAGAUCUCUAAUUGUGUACGUACUCUAUGCAAUUUAUAUGUUACUUGUAAUAUUAAUCAGCCUUGGAGGUCUUUGCCUAAUACUUAUCCCUCAAGUAGCACCAGUGACACACCUGCCAUCAUCGUAUUUGCAGUUUGCUAAUCCUUUCUAUUUGCAAUUUUGAUUUCUGCUUUUUGUCAGGUACAACAUUGAACAUACUUGUUAAAUACCUUGGCUGCAAGGUGCUUUUGGAGUAUUCUGAGAAUGCAAGAAAGUGCAAUAUAAAUGAAAAUCUUUUUAGCAUUGGUUUAAAGGUUCAGUGACUUCCAUGGUUGUCAAGUAGGAUUGCCAACCCAUGAAUGCUCUUUCAAAAUGAGAUCACAAGCCAUCUAAUUUAUUGCACUGAAAUAUCUGUGGGUUCAAACCUGCCCAGACGUUAAUGCAUGUACUUUGAUAAUUUGCCCAAAUUCAGUUCAGUACUUUGAAAUAAUUUCCCCGAUCUUCUGGCAGAAUUUUACAUAGCUCUACAUUGUCUUAUUUGCAUUCUGUUUAUGCCCAUAAUGUAAUGCCUCAAACACUUUUCAAUUUAAUUUUAUAUUUAUGUAACUAAUUAAAUAAGAUUAGUACUUACAAUGAAGUAAUAGUUUUUCUUAUUAACAUCAUCAGUAAUUUCUUUACUCUCCAAAUGAAAAUGUUGGCAAACGCAGAAAUGAGCAAUGGCAAAAACGAUUAAGGGAAGAAUGAAACUUAGAAGUGUAUCUAAACUGUUUUAACCUGCU